GUUUGUUUCCUUUCAAAAUAUCUUGGGAUGAUAAUUGUUAUAAUCCAUGCCAAUUGCCAGCCAUUGAAGGGUCCCUCCCCUGUCUCUUCCCUUUUUAUGCCAUUUUAUUUUCUCUGAAGUCGUGAAUUGUUGUUGAAGAGGAAUCGAGAGCACAGUGAAAGAUCUGAAGCCAUGAAUGUCGAUGAGGAAGUUGAGCGACUCAAGGAGGAAAUUCAAAGGCUUGGUAAGGUCCAAGAUGAUGGUUCUUACAAGGUAACAUUUGGGGUGCUGUUCAAUGAUGACAGAUGUGCUAACAUAUUCGAAGCGCUGGUCGGGACGCUAAGAGCAGCAAAGAAGAGAAAAAUAGUGACGUAUGAUGGUGAGCUGCUGCUGCAAGGAGUUCAUGACAAUGUUGAGAUCGUUCUCAAAGCCACUCCAGCAGCAGAAGUUGCAACCACUGCAGCUGCGAAGGCUUGAGUAGUGAUCCAUAUGCAGCAUUUAAAACAGUGUAUGCAUCUUGAAUUUUCUAUGUUCCAUUAUCACAACUUUCAUUUAAUAACAUGUUUCUCAAAUUUGCACUAAAGUUGCCUCGCAUUCUAGAUCCAAUACCAUCAAGAACAGCUUUUACUCUUUGAUCAAGAACAGCUUUUACCCUUUGUUCCUUGAUCGAAAUUUCAUCAAGCUUGAAUUUAUGUUCCCUA